AUGGUCGAUAUAACAGACGAAAUAUUUGCGUCUCGCCUUACAAUCCUUCGGGACUUGUUCGCGGACAGCAUAUCCGCGCCAACAGCCGCCAAACAGCUCGCUGAGGCCACGUUACUUGACGAUACAACGCUCGAGGACAGUCUCGGCCGUCUCUGGAAGCUAGUGGUCGCCCUCGCAUGCGAAAAGCCCGAACACCAAGACAAACUCGUCGAUGUCCUCGUCGACCUUUCCGAGCUCCCCAGCCCCGAAGCAGAACAGGGGCCAGGGCCCUUGACCAUACACGAGAUGGAAGUCUGGAAGGACCUACCCAUGCUGGGAUGGAGCCUCCGCGAUUACUAUAAUAUCUCCGUCAAUCCGAACAAAAACGCCGAGGAGCAGCAAAAGGCUAUCUCUCAGAUCAUCAACAUCAGCAAAUUCGCUGCGCUUCUUACGGCAACCGAUGAGGAUAUCUUUGCGUCCAACUCGUGGUUUGCUCUGAUUACCCUCCGCGCUGCGCUUGAAUCUCCGACGGAACGGAGGCCUAAGGCGGAACCGCUGGAGGCAUGGAUUCCUGCCGCGGCUGCGUGGAUUGAGACUCUGGGCGUGGAGAUCUAUAACUGGGAUGAAGAGUUCGAGUCUGGGCCUAAAGUCGGUUCAAGAGGAAAGGGAGGGCCACUGUGGGAUGGCAAACAUGGCUUCUGUAAGGGAAGAUGGAAGCUUUGGCGGGAGAGAUUUGGAGAGAUUGCUAGAACAGAGGGUGAACUCGGAGAAGAUGUUAAAAAGGCAGCACAAGAUGCGGAAACAAUGAUGAAGGAGAUUGAAGCUGGGGAUGUAGAGUGA